GGGAGGGAGAGAGGGAGGGACUAUUCCUUGAGACAGGAUGGUGACGCACUGUAUGGUUCAAUUUUCACCUGACUCAUACACUUCUAGGCAACUGUGACAAUGUGCACACCUGGUCUGAGGAGUGGAACUACAGUGGAUUACAAAAACAACCAUAACCAAAGGCAAAAUCCAUCAACCAGCUUCUCUAACAGUUUGUCUCGAUUCACUGCCUCCCAUGCCGGUGGGCAGUUUCAGCCAGGAUAUCAUCAAGUUGAUUUUCCACCCUUAAGUCACGAUAAGGACAAAGACGCUGAGAACAAACCUGACAUGUCACUCCUGCAGAAAAGAUGUUUGGAGAAAAAUGCUGUAGGACUUAAAUCUUUUGAUGUGUCCCCAGGCAAAAUGUUUCUUCCUGUACAGUCCAUUUGGUGCAUUGUACUGACUCUAUGCAUGUCAGUCUGUGGUUUGGAGAUUCCUAAAUAUGAAGUCAUUUGCUCAAAGGGUCUCUCUGAUUGCACCAUCAUGAGCCAUGGGCAUGUUACUGUAGCAGAGGACAACAAUGCUGUGUAUGUCCAAAACCUGACUCCAUCUAUUAAGCUCUGCUGCAAAGACAGUGCACCAUGUACAUUAUGUCUGAUGAUAGACAUAGAGAUAAACAUCCAUCUGGAUAAAGUCAGUGAGGAUGAAGGCUCUGGGUAUGAGGAAGAGGAUUAUAGCGAGGAGACGGAGAGGAAUUCAAAAGCGUCUGUGACAGUGUGUUACAGCGUACCUACCAUGCCCACGUGCAAGAAGGGGAGUUCAAGUGCCGAGUUUCAGCUGUGUAGUUGA